AUGGCCUCACUACAAGAAACUGAUGUCGUGGACUGGGAUGGACCUGACGAUCCCGCCAACCCGCUCAACUGGCCCAAAGCGAAAAAGAACAUCCAGGUGAUUUUCGUGAGCAUCUUCACCCUCUACGCAAACCUGGCCGCCACCAUGUUCGCACCUGGGGCUGCUGAACUGGUGAAUGAAUUCCAUGUCACCAAUUCCACGAUCGAAGCGUUCACGGUUAGCAUCUACGUGCUGGGAUUCGCUCUAGGACCUCUAAUUCUCGCGCCGCUUUCCGAGCUGUAUGGUCGUCUAAUCAUCUACCACGUUUGCAAUCUCUUCUACUUUGCGUUCACUGCCGGAUGUGCGUUUAGCACGAACGUUGCCAUGUUCCUCGUCUUUCGGUUUAUCUGCGGCUGUGCGGCCUCGGGGCCUAUGAGUAUGGGUGGCGGAACAGUGGCGGAUGUGACAUCGCAGGAAGAACGGGGUAAGGCUAUGGCCCUCUUUGCCGUGGGACCCCUCCUCGGUCCGGUUAUUGGGCCCGUCAUUGGUGGUUUUGUAUCCGAGAACAUUGGCUGGCGGUGGACAUUUCGCAUCAUCUUGAUUAUGUCUGGCGUCCUCGGUGUCAUUGCUAUCAUCUUCCUCCGAGAAACCAACGCCAAAGUUCUCUUGCAGCGAAAGGCAAGACAACUCAAUAUCGAAGCCGGAAAGGCCGAAGUGACCGCCCCAAAUUCAAACGAGACUCCGUGGAAAUUACUCUGUCGUUCUAUUAUCCGACCUGUCAAGAUGCUCCUAUUCUCCCCCAUUGUCCUGCUUAUUUCGCUUUACAGUGGUACUCUGUUUGGGGUCAUCUUCCUGCUCUUCACCACUCUUCCCACGGUCUUUGAGACGGAUUAUCACUUCAAUAUUGGCGUUGCCGGCUUAGCCUACGUCGGUCUUGGCAUAGGCAUGAUACUAGGCUUGAUCCUGUUCGCGGUCAUGAGUGACAAGCUACUGGGCCAAAAGCGCGGCGGAACUGUCGCUCGACCCGAGGAGCGCUUGAUUCUCAUGAAAUGGUUUGCCCCCAUCACGCCCCUUGGGUGCUUUCUGUACAGCUGGAGCGCAUACUACCAUCUGCACUGGAUGGUCCCCAUUGUUGGAACAUUCAUUAUCGGUAUCGGGGCGUUUUUUAUUGUCAUGCCGGCCCAGGUCUACUUGGUAGAUGCUUUUGGGGCUGAAGCGGCCGCCUCGGCCUUGGCUGCCAAUUUGGUCGUUCGAAGUCCGUUCGGGGCCUUUCUUGCUUUGGCAGCACCGGCCCUGUACGAUCGGCUGGGAUUAGGAUGGGGUAAUAGUGUGUUGGGCUUUAUCUGUUUCGCUUUCACGCCGGUGCCGUGGUUGUUCUAUCGGUACGGCGAAUACCUGCGCACCCACUUCGCCAUCACCUUCUUUAUCUUUCGAUACACCGAGGACGACGGCGCGUUGCUACUUCUCAAGGUUGAGCAUGAGCUUUCAACUGAGGUUGUCCCUCUUGUUAGCUGGACCUCAAUUCAAUGCGGACAGUGCGCCGAGAAGAAAAUCGUUGAUCUUAUCGCCGAUAUUAAACAAACUUCACAAGCGACGUUCAACCGCGCCAGCUCUGCCUGCGGCCCUCUAGAUGGAAUACGAAGCAGCAAAGACACCGGUAGUUUACCCUCUGCGCAGGUUGCUGUCAACUAUCGCGUUCACCACCUUGCAUCAACCCAUCAUGACUCGCCGUCUCUAGAUAUACAUACCCAGUGGGGAAUACAGCUUCAUGUCUUUGAUACCCCGGGCGCGGGAGUACAGGUACGACUGGAUUAUUCUCCCAGCCAAUAUACCUCUAGUGUUAUGGAGUUAUUCUUCGACAACUUCUUAACAUUUCUCGUGAAUGUUGCAAACGCCCCCGGCCAGUCACUUGAUUUGAUACCUAUGUGUGGAGCAAAGGAGAUCGCGCGGCUGAAAAGACAUUAUUGGAAUACAGAUUUCACACCUGAUCCAUGGGGAGGUCUAGGCAUCUGCCAAAGGAUACUCGGUCAAACCCAAAGGAAUCCGGACGCAGUGGCCGUCAUGACAUCAGAUGGUGCCAGUUUGACAUACUCGCAGCUUGUCAACGAGGCACAACGUGUGGCUGUCUGCCUCCAUGCAUCGGGCGUCACUAGUGGUGAUAAAGUUUGCCUGCUUAUGAAGCCGGGAAUCAACGUUAUAAAAGGAAUGCUUGCGGUCGUAUGGAUGCGAUGCUGCUACGUCUUUCUAGACAGUGACUUCGCCCCGGAGAGACUGGCCACUAUCACCGCUGAUUGCGGAGCGAAUGUCAUUGUGUUUGAACCAGAGCUUCAGGAGUUGGCGAAUGACUUGGAUGUUAACAAUGGAACUCAUCGAAAAUUGAUCAACAUUUUAGAAGCCCAGCAGUUUUGGGGCAGGGCAAGUGUAUUUCAGCCUGAAACGAACGAUGCCUUCUAUAUGAUUUACACUUCGGGCAGCACCGGUACACCCAAGAGAGUGGUUCUCUCGCAUGGCAACACGCAACAAAUGCUCGCAUCCCUCAGCCAGUACUUCCACCUGUCCCCCGACGACCGAUUUCUUCAACAAUCAUCGCUUGCAUUCGACUUAUCCGUCGUACAGGUAUUUUCCGCCCUGUGUGCGGGUGCUCAAGUCUGUGUUGCCACUGCAGAAUUGCGCAAGGACCCAUGGAGGUUGGCGUCUUUCAUGCAGCAGGUGUCCAUCACCGUGAGCUAUUUUACACCAACGCAUUUUGCCCUGUUAGUGGAGAAUAAUCCAACGGCACUUCGCCAAUGUCAGCACUACCGGAUCGCCAUGUUCGCGGGCGAGCGGCUUCCAGUGCGACUGGUCAAGGCAUUCUACGACCUUGCUAUCCCAGGUGUCGUGUACAACACAUGGAGUCCCAGUGAGCUGGUGGUUCAGACGACCAUCCACAAGGUAGAUGAGCCCGUGGAGGGGCUUACCAACAUCCCCAUCGGCUCCCCACUUCCAAAUUGCCGGCAUUAUAUUGUGGACGACGCUUUAAAUCCGCUACCAGCUGGGUUUGUCGGGGAGAUCUGUGUGGGAGGCGCUCAAGUUGGGAUGGGGUACCUGAAUCGGCCCGACGCCAAUGCCAGAUCCUUCAUUCAGAACCCAUUCUGUUCGCAGGAAGAUAGAGCUAGAGGCUGGUCAACACUAUUCCGAACCGGUGACAAAGGACGAUUUCUGCCCGAGGGCCUGCUAGAAUUCCACGGUCGAAUUGAAGGUGAUAAACAGACAAAGCUACGAGGGUUUCGGAUUGACCUCGGGGAAGUCGAACAGGCGUUGUAUCAACGUUCGAAGACGGGAACCGGUCAGGGCAUUGUUGACAUCGCCGUCAUCGCGAGAUCUGUUGCUGAAGAGGCCGAGUCGGCCUCCCUGACCGACGACCGCCAAGUGAUCACCUUUAUUGUCCCCAGAAUACCGCUUCGAACGACAAGGGAACAGACCGAGUAUACUACCUUCCUUCACCAAAAUGUCCAGCCUGUCCUCAACCAAUACAUGUUACCCAACGGGUAUCAAUUUUUGAGCAAAUUGCCGACCACAAUUGGAGGAAAAGUUGAUCGGCAAGCCCUCCCGCGAAUGAAGCUUUCUUUGGUCCAUCCAUCCGGUACUCUCUGCUCAGAUGAAUCGCUAGGGCCGUCUUCAGCUCAUGUUGAUAUCGUGAAUGAUGUGAUUGAGCUUAUGAAAUCAGUUGUCGGACAGGACCGAAGCAUCGCACCUGGUUCUAAUUUCUUCCAUGUUGGUGGUCAGAGCAUUCUGCUUCUACGAUUACGGUCAAAAUUGAAUAAACGAUUUGGUGUGGCCCCUCCGCUGCAAGAGAUGUUCAAUGAAUGCACCCCCCUCGCUCUCGCAAGGACGGUAUCGAGUCUCCGAGCUGUGAAAGAGAGUGGUGGCGCGAGAGAAGAUGCAAAUUCUUCAAAGCCAGUCAAUUGGUCUCACGAAACCGCUUUACCGACAAGCCAAGAGUACUUGAACUUUGAUCAACUAUCACGGUUCCGACGCCCAGAAGUAACGAACAUCCUACUUGCCGGGGCUGAUACAUAUAUUGGUAUCCAUAUGUUGGCCAAGGUCCUUAGCACAGGACCUAACGCAUUGGUACACCUUCUGGGAACGAUGCAGGCGAUUCAAGCACCUGGUUUGAUUGCCGACAUGCACAAGUAUCGGUUGUUUCGAGACGGUCUAACGCCGGCAAACGUCCUGUCGCGUAUCAAGAUAGUCCCUGGUAGCAUGGUCGCUCGGAACUUUGGCCUGUCCGAUCAAUCUUUCCGAGACCUGGCGACGUCAAUCCAUGCAAUCUAUAACCUCGCCGUGGAGGUGUCUUUGCUCAAAACAUACCAGGCUCUGAAGGCGACCAACACCAACGGUGUCCGCACUCUUAUCGCUUUAGCCAGUAGCAGUGCGAGCGGCCGUGUUCCUGAAAUCCACCACCUGUCAACCUGGAGUAUUCCCCAUAUGCAAACCUGGCAACUCUCGACGCGUACUCGCGCCAAUGUGAGCACAGUGGAGGAAAGUCCCGCGCACUUCUCCCCUCCGGCUAACGAUGGGCAUGGGUACUUGAAAUCACGAUGGGCGGCCGAAAUGAUCCUCACAGAGGCUGCCAACCGUGGUUUACCAGUUUCCAUCUAUCGAGCUUCUGCUGUUUCCGGGAGUUUGAUCACCGGGGUAGCGGCUCCCAGCCUGGACUUUGUCAACAACAUGAUCAUGCAUAUGAUCCAACACUGCCUCGUUCCCGAUAUCUCCUCUAGUCGCGUGAACGGCGGGGAGUUCGUGAUUGACUUCGUUUCAGUGGAUAUCCUGACUGACGCGAUUGUUCACCUUGCCUCUGAGGAAACUAUUUUCGACCCAAGACUCAGUGUCUACCAUCUUGGGAGUUCCCAGCCACUUCCCUUGAGCCAGCUGCCCCUCAUUAUACCAGCUAUUCGGGAAGAUGGAGCAGCUCAGGGGUCUCCGUUGGCUCCGACCGUGCCCAUAAAAGAGUGGUUGAGCGUGGUACGAGACGGGGCUGGGGAGCAGGAACAGCUUUACUGGACCGUUGUGGAAGAGUAUCUGCAAUAUGGGCAUAUCAUGUUUGCCUUAGAUCGUGGUCGCGCAGUGUCUGCAUUGAGGACAGCGGGAUGGGCAGAGGAAUUUCCUACAAUCGAUGUGGAUUAUCUGCAAAGGUUGUGGGGACAGACGAUGUUAGAAAGGCGCAGGUAA